UAUUUAUCGUGUUUUGGGAAUUUUCUAAUUAUCUUGCUAGAAGUGUGAGAAAUUGCCUACUGCCAUAAAUAUGAGCAUUUUUGAUCGGGUAUCGAAUUGGAAAACACACAGAUUUCUCCUGAAGAGAUGCGAAAAUAAAGACAUGCAAAUACUAUCUAUUUGCUUUAACGAUUAUCGCAUUACCAACAUAGACGAGCUUUAGUUGCGUUUCUAUUAAUUAUUAACACUUCCAUCGCAGUAACGGUAAGUCAGAGUAAGUUCUGUUUAAGAAUUACUACUUAGUUCAGCAAGGCUCAGAAAGCUAGGAACACAAACUUUAAAUUCACCAUUACAAUUGCUGAUGAGGAAAAACAGCAAUAAGAUUUAGAUUGGAAAAGGACAAAAAAUCUAAAUACGCACAACUGCAGCAAAGUAGAACAGAAUUCCGAACGGUUUGGAAUAGAAGGUUUUGGUCACAAGUUCAUUAGGCCAAUGUAGGGCAUUGCCUUUGAUCAUAUUUAAUAGUGGAGAACCGUUUAACACUAUAAAUAUUUUUGAACCAAAAACUAUGUUUUGAAACCCAACGCAUUCAGUGUGGGAAUUUCGUUUUCACUCGAAAUACCAUGGGUAUUUAAAAAGGCAAAAUCAGAAGUUGAAUCCAAGUAAACCAAAAUUGAUCAAGCAAUAUUUUUAUUUUCAAAAUGAGAUUUUGUAUUCAAUAAUUGCCAGUUUUGGCACAGCAAAUUAUUGAUUUUCAAGUUCCGCAGGCAGAAUGAUACAAUGUUUGAUUUGGUGGAAUAAUUGUCACUCUUAAGCCCCGAAUAAUAUUUAAUACUUACAAUAUUUUUUAGUCGCAAUUGACCCAAGUUUUUGGUAAUUUGCUUAAAUAUUAAAAGUCCAGAUAUUAUUAAAAAGUUAAACUCAAGGCGCAUGCAGCAGACAAAUUUUGGUCCUUAAAUAUAACAAAUACUUACAUCGAUUAUAAAAGUUCAUAUUAUAAUAAUUUGGUGUCAAUAAAAAUGGUCGAUUUCUUCACAUUAAAUUGGGCAAAUUGAUCUCAGUUUUGCGUUAAAAAAAUUAAUGCCAAAAUACUCGUGACAAAGUGAAGAGUAUCACCAAGUAAAAAUUCAAAAGAUGUGCUUUUUUCUUGUAUUUUAACAUGGAUUUUUAUUGAAUUUACCCGUAAAAAUAAAAUUUAUCAAUAUCGGAAUUGCAGUUUCAGGGAUUAGCAAAACGGCUUUUUAAUUUCGCCAUGUUCCAUAUUUCCCGGAAAUUUCCUGACACGUUUUAGAAAAUUGUUUACGAAAAAAACGCUUUUUGUUACGCAAGUGAGAAACCUGGUUUAUACCUACAUUAGCCGAGAAAAUAGAAUGGAAUUCACUGUUUGUACUCCGAAUGAUUGAAAAAUUCCAAAUGUGCAAGCAAUUGCUUUAAUUUGGCUUAAAACAACGUUAGAUCCAUCCGAGCUUGAGUCCCAGAAAUGCCCUUUAGAAACCGUUCAUUCCCAAUUUCCGGAACUGAAGUUUAAAGAUAACUUUCUAUAUUUUCCGAGAGUUUGCCGAAAUUAAAUAAAUUUUCAUUUCAGUAAAGGAAAAAACCCAUUUUGAACCAAGAUGUGCAAACUUUUCCUACUUUCUUUGUCGCCCAGGUACCACUUUGCUGACAUCGGCGGUCAGAAAGUACCGGUACUUGACUAUAUAAAGGAACCGGCCAAGAAAUGGACCACAAAAUAUCUUCAACCAUGUAUUGGCUGUAUAUUCUAUUCUGUUUAGCUACUUUUUGCCAGGCUCAGAUUCCGAGUUUCGGAUUCUGUCCCGAAUAUUUGCCAAUGGCGAAUUUCGACAUGAACCGAUUCUUGGGCAAAUGGUACGAAGCUGAGCGAUAUUUCCAGUUCUCUGAAGUGGCUUCCAGAUGUGUGGUAGCUGACUAUGCUGUAGGACCAAAUGGUAAAAUUUAUAUCUCAAAUGAAGUCACCAACAGAUUUACUGGAGUGAAGCGCGUAAUAGGAGGCCACAUGGAUUUAACGGGGAAAAAAUCUGAAGGACGAUUGGCUGUUAAAUAUGAUACAACCCCCAUUUCAACCACAUCGACUCUAACGAUUUUGGAUACGGAUUAUGACAACUAUGCAGUUAUUUGGAGCUGCAGCGGCUUGGGGCCAAUCAAUGCACAAAGCGCCUGGUUGAUGACCAGAGAAAGAAUUCCCGAUGCCACAACUCUUCAAAAAGCUUACGGCGUUCUGGACGCCAAUAAAAUUAGCCGAACGUUUUUCGUGAAAACUGAUCAAGAAGGGUGUGCAAUUGCAGCGUCUGAUCUGAAUGCAGCUUUAGGUAUCGCCUCGUCUUCAACUAACGUUGAGCAGGCGGAUAAUAGAGAACGAUUGAGCGUUAGAGCUCAACCUAUAGCCGAACUGCUGAUGAAAAAGGGCCAAGUGGACGAGAAAAAUGAAACUGUUGAAGCAACAACAAAUUCAGGUGAAGGAAUUACGUCUACUGCUGAAGAAGCGCAAACAACAUCAGCAGACGGUGGCAACACCAAAACUCCCAUAGAGGGAAGCAAAGCUUCGUCACUCUUAGCCAACUUAAUAGAAAAAGCCUGAGACUGUUAUUUAAAUAUCUAGAUCACCAGCAACUUUGUAGUAUUAUGCACAUUGGUACAAAACAUCUUAUUUAUUUUUAGGGGUUAUUUAUGAAUUAGUCUGGACACUGAAUUCGAGGACUUUACACAAUAGCUAUUUGUUAUUUUUCUCAUAGAAAAGAUGAGUUAUCAAUAAACGUUUUUCUGUAGGAAAA